ACUGCGCAGCCCCAUCCCCCCUCGAACCAGAGAAACGGCUUGUCUCUUCGGUUCGUAAACCCGCCCGCACCCCUCUUUACCUCUUUUCUGAGGGGCUUGGUGAUGGGGGCUGUUCUUGGCAAAGCUGCCGGAGGUUCCUCCGUCGGGACUGUUUCUAGCCCAGGAUCUGACGAGGGGACGGGGACUUCGUAGGGAUUGCGCGCCCCCUGCGCGGUGUUUCUUCGCGCCAGGCCUGCGCGGUGUUGUUGAUACUGUUGGUAGCGACUCUGUAAAAGGCCAGAGGGAGUGGACCGAAUUUUCCCUCUUCGUCGCCGCACUCUUUUCAGCGCGGGGCGGGCGCUACCGCCUGGUCCCACUGGGCAGCAGAUGGGCUGGUGGCUUUCACCGCUGUAGUCCGCCCGCAUGAGACGCUGGAAUAGGGACACAGGAAACCUCCGGGAGUCCUCGGUACCGGCCGAGAUCCGGGCUAGGAAGGGUGAAGGCGCUGUGGUAGUCACCAUGGUAAAGGAGUAGGAUUCGCGCAGCAGCGCAGAGGUGGUGAAAAAUAGUUGGGUUAGUGGACAAGGAAAAACAGUUGGGGCGCAGGGAUAUGAUUGCGGAGCCCCUGCUCGGGCUUUCCGAGGCUUCGCUGGUAAAGCGAUCAGCUCCGCUGCUAGGAAAACAUGGCGGGGGAGUGAAGAGAAGGCACUACAGCGCCUCACUGUUAUUACUCUUGCCUGCCAAUCAGAACAAAAAGGUUGCACGGGAUCCCGCCUCUCCCUCGUCGUUGUUCAAUCAGCUGAGAAUUCAUCCUGUGAUGGGCCCCAUGCUCUCCCAAUGAAGACAGACACAAAUACUGUAGGAGAGCACACCCUCUUUCCAAGUCAAGCAGCUUUUUCCAGCUUCUUAGCGAAGUGAGAAAUGGGCCUGGGGAGAAGGUCCGUCUGUCAGCUUUCUUAGGCAGCACUCGUAAGCACACUUACUUGGGAGUAAGCCUCAUUGAAUUCGAUGGGAUUUACUUCUGAGUAAACAAGGACUGGCUUGCUCUGUUGGGCGCCUUUGCCACGCCUCCAUUGUGUAUGUACCGCCCAAUCCGAAAAGACGUAAUACAGCGAAAGGCCGCCCUUUCGGGCGGGAGGUGGCUGAUACGGAAAAAUCCGAAGUGCCACCGGAGGUUCCGGGUAGGGAGCGAGCUAUGACUGAGGAGGCAGCAGCGCCGGUGAUUGCCCCUGGGGGCCCGGACGCAGUGAGUUUGAUGGAGGAACAGCCGGGCACCUUGGAGCUGGAAGGCACGACGGCUCUGGGAGUUUUUCCAGCUGAUAGUACUGGCGCUCCUGUCAAGGCCUUGGUCGAACUGUGGAAUAUGGAGAUGGCCCGGGCUAUUGACACGAUUGCUCCCGCGCGCCCUCUUCGAUGCAGAGCUCAUACAGCUCCGUGGUAUAUCCUGGAGCUGAGAGUGAUGAAGCAAGAGAGAAGGAGGCUGGAGUGCAAAUGGAGACGAACUCCAGACGGAUGCAGUUAUGCUUUGCAGAUCCGUCUCAGCGCCUCAACGGGCUCCGGGUGCCUGAUUCCGGCCAUUGACCCCAAGGCUUUGCAGGAGUUGGCGGCUCUUGCCGUUCAGGUGGCGACGCAGGUGGACGAGCUGUUGUGGAGCGUGCACGGUGCCCUUCAGGCCCUGACAGCCCUCAGUGUGGGGUGCAUCCAGACCUAUCGGGACGGCGUGGAGAGUCUGGGCGAGGCGGUGGACACGACCAUCCGCUCCAUGUAUACCCUGAUGGCGCGCUGUGAGGAGCUGGACAAAGAGAUGCAGCCGGUGCCGGCCUUGGCCCGGCGCAUCCGGGACAUGAAGAGCGCUCUGGAGAGCUUGGAGGGGCUCUGCAAAUAGGUCUCCUGCUACUUUGGUGCCCGUUGCUGAAACAUAGUAAGCUGGUUUCCACAGCAGCUCCUGUCUCGUCGGUGAUGAUGGCUUAACCUUCAAAGCACUUCGUUUUUUUUCUGUGUUGAUCUCAGGACAAUUUUAUAGCUUCCUUAUAACCAAGUUUUUUAAAACUGCGUGCAAAAUCAGUUGUGCCACGUAAUAAAUACUUUCUUUUCCUGCGGCCCUCCCGUUUUGCAACGAACCCUGUACAAACCGCCUUUCCCAACACGUAGAAGUACUUCUGUUAAAGUGGUAACCCUUUAUAUCGCCAUGAAAAAAAGGCAUAGAAUGGAGUCUAUCAGAUUGAUCCUCCGUAUAUGUACUCAGAAGUCCUUCCUAAGUAAAGGUUCGUAAGAUUUCUGCAUAAGGCUGCAAACCCCAAGCAGCAAAUCCCAUCGCCGAACUUACAAAUAAAACAGGCAUAGGGUUGCACAGUAAAUGAAUAUAUCUGAUGCUUUAUGCCUGCAUUUGCUUAUGCAGAUAUGAUCCAUUUAACAGGAAUAUAGUCAUGAAGGACAAGGAUGCCUAAUAGAUUCACUGUGAGAUACAUAAGAAUUUUGCAUACCACACAGGCCUUUUUUGGUACAGAGAUUCACUGUUUUGCAACUACAUAAAGUGUUAAUGCCUAACUUGUUUGUGUUUCACAUAUUUAAUGAAAUAUAAAAAAAGCAGUUUUGGUAUUUAUAAUGAACAAGAGAUUAACAUUCAGUUGAGGUGGCAAUUCCGAAACACUUAUUGUUAUAAUUGUAUCAUUUUCAUAGAAUUUUUUUUAACUGAAAUUUGAGUUCUGAACCUACGGUAUGAAAUGUUGAGGCUAAAAUAACAUUGAUUUACAAGCCAACUAUGCUAGGCAACUUGGAUUUAAAUCUAUUGAGGGGAAUAAUAAUGUAAAAUGAAAACUGGUGUUGUGUGGUGACUAAAUGUGAACUGGGAAUUCCCAGGCUCAAAACUGGCCUCACCCAUAAACCCAUUAGGUUACCUUAGGCAAGGCCACUAUUCUCCGUUCUUAGGGCCUGUCAUGAGAGCAUAUGAUGCAGCAACUGUGCUGAACCUAAGCAGGUCUGGAACUGCUCAGAGCUUAGAUACUUUCCAUCUGCUACCUUUAGUUCCAAUGAAAUAGGGUGGAAUGUAAAUGUCAUAAAAAUUCUCUGACCAUACCUGUAAUUACCCUGACACAAUGUUGUGAAUAUUCGAAGGUACCUUAUAACUGAUUAGCAUUUGCUGUCGGGUAGGGACAUUUCCUAAGCCUUAUAGCUGAGAGGUUUUUUAAUAGAAAUGCCAGUGAUAGAAACUGGGGAUCUUAUAUAUACAAAACAUGCUCUCCCACAGAGCGGUGUCCUCUCACCAUUUCAAGCAUUGUAAAGUCAAACACUCUGAACACUCAAAAAUACUGAAUA